UCGGGUGUUAAAAAAUCGCGCGCGCGUGCAAUAAGAGAGGAAUUUAAAUCAAAAAAAAUUAUUUGAAGAAGAAUUAACAGUGAUUUACAUUUAAAUUUGUGCAAAAUACAAAAAUAAAAAAAAUGUUUUUAUAUAAAAUUUUCGCUUUGGCAUUAUUGUUCGUGAAUGUUAACUCCAUGCCACAGUUCAUCACAUUCGACAACGGCAAAAUCGGCGUAAAUUUCGCCGGAUAUCACGCUGAAGCCGGCUUAGGAGGCCUUCUCACGGGAAAUGCUGCGCACGGAGGACUUUCUGCGAGUGCAGGAACUCCCUUCGGACAAAAAGCGGGCGCCGGUUUGGGCGGAACUGUCGCCGGAAAUAAUGGGCGCACAGCUGGCGGUUUGUAUGCGGGUGCUACUGAUGGUUUUGGACAAGGCGCCUCCGCUGCAUUGGGCGGAAAAGUUGACGAAUUCGGACCUGCAGGCGGAAGCGGUGCUGAAGCUCAUGCGCAAGGCGUCAGCAAAAAAACUGUCAAACUCGGACAAGGAAAUGCCGUCAAGGAAAUUCACAGCGUGCAAUAUCCAAGCGGAGGCGUCUCGUCAGGAACUGUGAAUGCUCAAGCAGAUUCCGUAAUUGACACGAGAUUCGCUGAUGAAGUUGCCACGCCAGUUGUGAAGAAAAAGGUUGUUCACAAGGAAAAAACUUAUGUUCGCCCGCACAAGGAAGUUGUUCAUGAAGAGCCAGAAUUCGAUUAUAAAAAUUUCCUCGAUUUUGGCUUCUUUUCCAAUUUGGGAGCGCAAUUCGGCGGAAAUCACUAUCCCGGAGAUCAACAAGUAAUUGUUGAGAAAACUUACGCAGCUCCAAUUCAUCACACACAAAAGGAGGUCAAAUUGCAUCAUCGUAACAACUUUGCUGCAGGAGCUGUUGGAGCACAAGCUGGACCUGCUGCUGGAGGAGUUACUUAUACAAAAACUGUGAACACUGGAGGAUCUUUCUUUGAUGAUAUUUUCAACAUCCCAAUUUCGACAUUACGUGCAGUAAAUGGCUUUUUAAAUAACAACCGUGCAGGAGUUGUCACAAAAACCAAGACUGUCGCCUAUGAAGCGUAAACACGAACCACUUUAAUUUGAGAUUUUGACAAUUUUUUGUUUUAUUUUUUAAUAAAUUAUUCUUUUUUAUUGGGAAUUUCAUACCAAAUCCUCUUUCAAAUGCCAACGACCUUCCCAAAAUGACGUCGAAUUCGCAAACUAGACCUACUUUUCUCUACAUUCUCGACUCUCACUUAUGCUUAUCAUGCGCAAACUCGCCCUGAA